AUGAACGUGUUCGGAGCUUCAGGAGAGAGUGAUCAGCGAGAAAACGAGGCGUUGCGAAGAGAUAAAAGUGAUCGCAAUAGUGCGAAAUUUUCAACGAACUGUGGAACAAAGGAAUGCUCUCCACCAAUCCUUUCGAUCGCCGUAUUGACAUCGAACUUCAUCUCUCAUUCCCAGAUUGAGGAAGAGUUGACCCAAGUGUUCAAGAAAUUCAACGUAAACGACGAGGACAAGAUCUCGUCGUCGAAGCUCGGCGCAAUAAUGGGCAUCAUGGGCAACAACACCAUCGUGGAAGAACUGGACAUGAUGAUCGGGGAGGUGGACGCUAACUGCAACAAGUUCAUCAACCUAAACAAGUUCCUCGAGCUGAACACAAUGGACAUCAACUACGACGAGGUGCUGGAGAAUUCUAAAGAUGUGUUCUCGGUGUUCGACAUGGACAAGAACGGGUUGAUCUCGAUGGAUGAGUUGCAAAACGUGAUGAAGAACGGCAACGGUGAGUGCUCGCUCACUAAUGGUGUGGUCUUUCGGCAAACACCACACCCUUCACCACAAUUCCCUUGA